CUCUGGCAGGAGUGCAGGAUCACGCUGUCCUUGUCCAGGCUCCAUAUCCAGUCAGAAGCAGAGAGUGGAUUUGCACAGAGGCACGGCGCAACAUGAGGAGCUUACUGGGUUUGCAGAGGCUGGCGUUUCGCUCCUUUUCCUCGACAGCAAAGAACCAAUUGAAGAACAAAGUUCCGGAGAACCAGAAGUUAUUCCAGGAGGAUAACGGGCUCCCGGUCCACAUCAAGGGAGGGGUGGUGGACGUGCUGCUCUACCGCUUCACUAUGGCCAUCACGCUUGGAGGAACUGGGUUUUCCCUUUAUUGGCUUCUAGCCGCCUCUCAGCCCAGGAAGAAGUAAGAGAGGAAACGAGAGUCCAGACAGCACCUCUCUUCAGUGAGAAUCGAGAGGACUUUCAGUACCUCAUAUCUACCGAACUACAACAUGCCACUCACUGGACCUUGUAACAAACGUAAUCAUGAAAUAAAAAACACAGAAAUAAAACAUUA